CAGCUCAACUCCAACACUGUCACAUAACACGGCUGGUCAGGCCAGGGACGGUUACCUCCCCGGACGCUAUAUUUAGAUGUCUAACCUGCAUAAACAAAUUGUCAUUGUCCAUCGGAGAAAACUGAAAUAAUCGCCGGGACCAGACAAUUCAGAUGAGAGCCAAAUAGUGAUGGCCUCCGUUACAAAAGACAACAGGCUGACGAGUUCUCAAAGCUUUAUGUGCGUCGGUUUCGCUGGGAUUUUCAGUAAAACCGUCACGUCGCCUUUGGAGGUGGUUAAAAUAAAGAGUCAGGUGGGCACUUUUCACUGUAAGAGGGGUUUAUGGCAAGGUUUUCUUCUCAUCUACCAGAAUGAAGGACUUCGAGGAUUUUGGAAAGGAAAUCUGGUGUCAUGUCUCCGGUUGUUCCCCUACACCGCUGUUCAUCUCACAACAUACAAAAAGAUUGUCCACCUUCACAUGGACGAACUGGGCUUCAUCUCUCAGUGGAGAGCCAUAUUAGCUGGUGGACUGGCUGGCGUUGCUGCUGCCCUGGUCACGUACCCUCUGGAGGUGGCAGAAACCAGGCUCAUUGUUCAGAACUGCAGAGAGCCCACAUACAUUGGCGUAAUUCACACACUCUCAAAGAUCUACAGGAACGAAGGGCUUCUUGCUCUCUACAGGGGCUUUUCCCUCACUUUCUUGGGUGCGUUUCCUUUUUCUAUCGGAUGCUAUGCGGUCUACAUGAACUUGGACAAGCUCUGGCAGGAGCCACCUUUUCGCUUCACUCCCCUCCAGAACUUCAUUAAUGGCUGUCUUGCAGCGGGAGUGGCCCAAACCCUCUCCUACCCUUUUGAAACCGUCAAACGGAAGAUGCAGGCGCAGAGUGCCUGCCUGCCACAUUUGGGUGGAGUUGACGUCCAUUUCAAUGGAAUGAUUGACUGUUUCAAACAGGUUGUUAGAAACAAGGGCGUCCUCUCGCUGUGGAAUGGCCUUACUGCCAACACAAUAAAGAUUGUUCCCUACUUUGGCCUUCUUUUCAGCUGUUUUGAGAUGUGUAAGCAGGUUUUCCUUUACCGCAACGGGUACAUCAUCUCGCCCCUGAGCUACAAACCUGCACCAGGGGUAGACCAGAGCCUCGGGCCUAACGAGCUGGAGGAGUUGAAGCGCUACUUAAAAAAACGGAACUUUGGGUCAGGGGAGUCGUCUUUUGGAAACCGCUGGUGAAACGGGAGGAUGUCUUGUGAGAAAUAUUGACUGCUUAUCACACUUGACCAGCAAAAUUACUGAUUUGCCGGAGGCUCGUGUCUGUCAUAAUUACAUACCAUUGUGUUUCAUGUCUUCAUAUAAUGUGACAUUUACAUUAUGUCGGAAACGGUCUACCUCUUACAGAAUAUUAUUUUAUCUGACAGCAUUAUUUGCUUAUGACUCACGCGGCCACUGUGUCUUUUCAGGACUGUUUUUAACCAAAUCCUAAUGUGCCUUGAGUGUUAACUAUUUAUUUUGGGGCUUGGUUCAGUUAUUUUGUCAUGAACUUCAAAUAGUGCCAUAGUUUAUUCAAAUAGAUGCAAAUGCUCUUUUACUUUACUUGUGUGAUAGCUUAUAUUUUUAAAGGACAAUGAAUGUAAAAUUCUGAGUUUGAGUAGGCUAUGGAUAAUCAUGUUUGUGAUGCAAGACAUUUGCAUACAACAUAAAAAUGUCUCUGGCCCA